CUUCAGAUGCCAAGAGGACAAUGUCUUACAUUAUGUCUAAUAUAAUUUGACACUGACAGUGAGAGUCGCUUUGAUUUCUGCAAAGUGCGACAUUAGUAGUCCAGCCUAACCUGUUACUGUUGUUUUAUUUUAUUUUUGUGGUUAAUAGCGUGAAAGAAGCGCAUGUGGAAGAACAAUGUUGUCCAGGGAACAUUACACGGAAUAUGAAGUCAGCUGCUGCAUCAAAUACUUAAUAUUUGGAUUUAACAUAAUAUUUUGGUUGCUAGGGGUGGCCAUCCUGGGCAUUGGACUUUGGGCAUGGAGUGAGAAGGGUGUACUUUCAAACAUCUCCUCCAUCACUGACCUGGGUGGACUUGACCCGGUGUGGCUGUUUGUGAUGGUGGGUGGGAUAAUGUUUAUCCUGGGAUUUGCUGGUUGCAUUGGAGCUCUGAGAGAGAACACCAUUCUGCUCAAAUUUUUCUCUGUGUUUCUGGGAAUUAUUUUUUUCCUGGAACUUACAGUGGGAGUUCUUGCCUUUGUCUUUAAGGACUGGAUUAGAGACCAGGUCCAAUUCUUUAUCAACAACAACAUCAGAGCUUACAGAGAUGACAUUGAUCUGCAGAAUCUUAUUGACUUCACUCAGGAUUAUUGGCAUUGUUGUGGGGCAUUUAAGGCUGAUGAUUGGAACCUCAAUGUCUACUUUAACUGCACAGAAACCAAUCCUAGCCGAGAGAAGUGUGGCGUUCCCUUCUCCUGCUGCACCAAUAAAUCUGCGGUGGAUGUCAUCAACAGACAGUGUGGAUAUGACGUCCGGGCUAAAGAGGAAAUGGAUCAAAUUCAUUACAUAAAUGUCAGUGGCUGUGUUCCUGAGUUCGAGAAGUGGUUACAGAACAAUCUGACAAUAGUGGCAGGUAUAUUUAUAGGAGUUGCACUGCUUCAGAUAUUUGGAAUUUGUCUGGCCCAAAAAUUAGUAAAGGAAAUAGAAGCAGUGCAGGCUAGCUGUUUGUUCACAUGAAGUGACCAUUGAUGUUUCCUCAUGACUGAUGACUUCCAAAGGACUACUCCAGUCUAACAGUGCCAGCAGAGGAACUCUAUGUGCCAAGUUCAUUGGGUCAUGUGUGCAUUAAUGUAUCUGGCACCAAUUUUUUCAGGUGUUCCAGAGUAUUUUACUCACAGAACACUGGUGUAAGAAAUGUAGACAUGCAUGUUAAUGUUCAUAUUUUUGCUUUCCUAAUUAACACGGUUUUCCAGCAGAUUGAUAGAUGUAUCCAUGGCUACAGAGAAAGUGAAGUUAUUAAAAAAGCAUUGAUCUAGUAGACAGCGCUGUAUCAGUGAUUGUGCAUAUACUGCUGAUUUUUAUUUGUUUAUUUAUCUUUUCAAGCCCUGUGUCACUAUGUUUAACACUUAAAAUUCUACUGGUUAUGCUCUGUUGCAAAAGCUCUUUAAUCAUUCUGUAUUAAAGCUCAGAAUUGUUAGUGAACCCCUGACAACAGAAAAUAGUACCAUGACAGUACUGUCAAACUUGAUGAACUAACCUGAAAUCUGUCAUGUAAAAGAAUAUUGAAUAACAGGCUAUAUACAGUUAUAACUGGAAAUAAGGACAUUGGUUCUGGGACACAGUUAUAUGAAUUGACAAAUCACAACUGGAACUGUUUUGCCAUAUGGAUCAGUGAUUUAACUGGCGUGAGAAAGGCGCGACCUACGACCAGAGGAAUGCUGUCCCCAUGGUCAAGCAUGGAGUUGGGUCACUGAUGAUUUGAGGAUGUUGUUUCUGCUUACAGUUUUACAAAACUUACAGUUUUGACCUUGUUACUGGCGUUAUGGAUUUACAGAAAUACCAAGCCAUUUUAAAGUGUAAUGUUGUGCCUUCUGUGGUGAAAUUGAACCUUGGUGAUAAUUGAUGACUUUCCAGCAAGACAAUGAACCCGAGCACACUUCCAAGUAACCCAAAGCUUGGUUAAGGAAUCAGUCCUGGAAUAUCCUGGAGUGGUCUUCUCAGUCUUUUCUCAAAGAAAAACGAAAGCAGCUGCAGCAUGAAAGCCAUCAAACCGAAAUGAGCUGGAAGCUUUGCACAGUAGCUUUUAAACACAAUUUAAAUAUUAUUCAGCACACAUGAUACACUAUAUGGCCAAAAGUAUUUGGACACCUGAUCAUGAGCUUGUCAGACAUCACUAUUCAUAAAAUUUUUUUAUUAUAA